AUGCUCAUUGCAGAGCAGGGACUCGGCCUGGAUGUCAUCAGCAUCUUCUACACAUUGGAGGGCCUGCUGCAGGCAGUAUUGACCAUUCUGGUCAUGCCGUGGUUGGACACCAACAUGUUCUGGAAGUUCUUUCUCUCAACUUGGGUCAUCCUUGUGAGCGCGCCGCUCUCAAUAUGCGUAUUGGACCGAAUUCACUGGUUCUGCCACCUGCUGACGCUGCUUGUUGUGGAUGUGACCUUGGGAGUUGCGACCGGUUUGAUGAGCGUGGUACUGCUUCGUGCCUUGCCAUGGGAGUACAUCACCACUUUCCACACUCAGGUGUCUGCCCUUGGCGGGCUGGCUGUGGGGGCUUCCUUUGUCCAGAUGCCUUUGCGGUCUGCAGCCGGGAGUUGGGAAGCCGCAUCGUUGAUCGGUCAUGGCAUUCCCGCUUUCUUGCUUCUGGUUGUCUAUGCGACACACCGUCAUGCAAUGAGAAAAUUUUGGGAGGUGCUUGCUGAUCCGAUCCAGCUGCCUGGCUCUACGCUGGACCCGGGCUGUUGUACGCUGAGUUAG